CAGUCCGCUCUCCUUGAGAAGGCCGAGCUCGCCCUCUGAUCUGCUCGGCAGAGCGUCAGUCAGAUCGAUCGAUCCAUCUCCGUCUGCGUCUGCGUCUGCGCGCGCGCUCUCGAUCCAGAUCCGCAGUCCCGGCCGGCUCGCAAGGCCUUCGAUUCGAUGCGCAGGUCGAGCUAUUUGAGGGUAGUUUUGGAGUGCCCCGCAAUUUGGUGUAGGUUUGGUUGUGGAAAUUGGUGACAGGAGUGGUGUCAGAUUGGGCGAGCGCGAGAUCUAUGGCCGCGCACUGUUGAUCGAGGAGGAGGAGCGCCAUUGAGGAGCUGCGGGCGUUGUGCGUCGGAGGCGGAGGAAAUAUUGCCAGGAUAGGGAAGUGCGAGGCGGUGGUGGACAGCAGCGGCGAUGGAGAAGACUUGUACUCUACUCGUUCACUUUGACAAGGGCACGCCCGCCCUUGCCAAUGAAAUCAAGGAGUGGCUGGAAGGCAGCGACACCAGCAAAAAGGUCGAGGCCAUGAAGAAGGCGGUGAUGCUGCUUCUGAACGGCGAGACUCUACCGCAGCUUUUUAUCACCAUUGUGCGGUACGUGCUCCCGUCGACGGAUCACACGAUCCAGAAGUUGCUGUUGCUGUACCUGGAGAUUAUCGAUAAAACGGAUGCUCACGGGAAGAUAUUGCCCGAGAUGAUUCUGAUCUGCCAAAAUCUGAGGAACAACUUGCAGCACCCGAAUGAGUACAUCCGAGGUGUGACACUCCGUUUUCUUUCUAGAUUGAAUGAGGCUGAGUUGAUUGAACCCUUGAUUCCCUCAAUUCUAGCUAAUUUGGAACAUCGCCACGCAUUCGUGCGAAGGAAUGCUAUCCUGGCAAUGAUGGCUAUUUACAAGCUGCCCCAGGGAGAGCAUUUGCUGUGUGAUGCUCCUGAGAUGAUUGAGAAGACUCUUUCCACCGAGCAAGAUCUUUCCUCCCGGAGAAACGCGUUCUUGAUGCUUUAUACUUGUGCCCAAGAUAGAGCUGUCAGCUAUCUGUUGAGCCAUCUGGAAAGCGUUUCCGGAUGGGGAGACAUUUUGCAAAUGGUGGUUCUGGAGCUCGUCAGGAAAGUGUGCCGGACGAAUCCUGGAGAGAAGGGAAAGUACAUCAAGAUCAUUAUCUCCCUUCUCAACUCCCCUUCGACCGCGGUCAUGUAUGAGUGUGCCGGCACUUUAGUUUCUCUUUCGUCGGCACCUACCGCCAUCCGAGCUGCAGCCAACACCUACUGUCAGCUUUUGUUAUCUCAAAGCGACAACAAUGUCAAAUUGAUAGUGUUAGAUCGCCUGCAGGAGCUCAAGGCUUCACACCGGGAGGUGAUGGUAGAAAUGAUUAUGGAUGUAUUGAGGGCUCUUUCCAGCCCAAACCUUGACAUUAGGAGAAAAACCUUGGACAUUGCUCUAGAUCUGAUCACUCCACGAAACAUUGACGAGGUCGUUAUGACUCUGAAGAAGGAAGUUGUGAAAACCCAAAGCAAGGAGUUGGAGAAGAAUGGGGAGUACAGACAAAUGCUCGUGCAGGCAAUCCAUUCAUGUGCUCUGAAGUUUCCGGAAGUGGCCAGCACUGUUGUGCAUUUGCUGAUGGAUUUCCUUGGAGACAGCAACACUGCCUCUGCUGUAGAUGUUGUCUUCUUCGUGAGAGAGAUUAUUGAGACCAAUCCGAAGCUCCGCGAGUCGAUUAUCACCAGACUGCUGGACACCUUCUACCAGAUCCGGUCCUCAAGGGUGUGCACUUGUGCUUUGUGGAUAAUUGGAGAGUACUGCUUAUCCUUACCCGAAGUCGAGAGUGGUAUUUUCACAAUCAAGCAGUCACUCGGGGAGCUUCCAUUUUUCACCGUUGCCGAUGAAGGAACAGAAGGUGAGGGUGGCAAGGCGGGCAAUCAAAGUACGAAGGGAUCUGGUGUCGUACCUCCAGCUUCUUCAGCUUCAUCUAAGCGGCCGGCCGUUCUUGCUGAUGGCACAUAUGCUAGUCAGAGUGCUGCUGCUGAGAUUGCAGUUUCAACACCUCUGUCCGGAGGAGGAUCAGGGGCUUCUGCAAAUUUGAGAGCGAUUUUGUUGACAGGAGAUUUCUUCCUGGGAGCAGUCAUUUCCACAACCUUGACGAAGCUCGCGCUGCGUCUUGAGGAAGUCUCCUCUCAGGCUGUCAAAGUGAACAAAGUAACUGCGGAGAUCCUGCUCAUCUUGGUGUCCAUGCUCAGACUAGGAGAGUCACGCACUGUCCCUCCUAUUGACGACGAUUCUUAUGACAGGAUUUCUCUGUGUGUGAAAAUUCUUUCAAGCCCUGAUGAUGUCAUGAGAAUGGUGUGGUUGAAGUACUGCCGUGAGAGCUUUGUGAAAAUGAUUACGGAGAAACAGCACCGUGAGACAGAGGAAUCCAAGGCCAAAGCGCAGGUUUCCAAUGCCCAGCCCGAUGAUCUUAUCGACUUCCAUCAUUUGAAGAGCAGAAAGGGAAUGAGCCAGCUCGAGUUGGAGGACGAAGUCCAAACUGACCUCAAGCGAGCCACAGGAGAGUUCACAAAAGAUAGCGACAACACGAGGAAACUAAAUAGAGUCCUGCAGCUAACAGGAUUUAGUGAUCCUGUAUACGCUGAGGCCUACGUGACUGUUCAUCAGUAUGAUAUAGUUCUCGAUGUUACUGUCGUGAAUCGCACCAACGAGACUCUACAAAAUCUUUGCUUUGAGCUUGCCACAAUGGGAGAUUUGAAGCUCGUUGAGCGCCCUCAAAACUACACUCUGGCCCCAGAGACCAGCAAGCAGAUCCGAGCAAAUAUCAAGGUGUCUUCCACAGAAACUGGAGUUAUCUUUGGCAACAUUGUGUACGAGACAACUAGUGUGCUGGAUCGCAAUGUGGUUGUCCUGAACGACAUCCACAUCGACAUUAUGGACUACAUCUCUCCAGCUUCAUGUCCAGAAGUGGCCUUCAGAAAUAUGUGGGCUGAGUUCGAGUGGGAGAACAAGGUGGCCGUCAACACAACAAUUCAAGGUGUACAAGAGUUCCUGGAGCAUAUUGUUGCGUCAACUAACAUGAAGUGCCUCACUCCACCGUCCGCUUUGGAUGGUGAUUGUGGAUUUCUCGCAGCGAAUCUUUACGCCAAGAGUGUUUUCGGUGAAGAUGCUCUGGUCAAUGUUAGUGUUGAGAAGCAACCGGACGGAAAAUUGAGCGGUUAUAUUCGCAUUCGUAGCAAGACUCAGGGCAUUGCUCUUAGUUUGGGGGACAAGAUCACCCUCAAGCAAAAGGGUUAAUUUUGUGGUGGGAGACGCCAACUUUCAGCUUGUGUUGGCAGAAAUUAGUUCGUUUAGUGCCAGUCGACAUGGUGACUGGUCGCAGUUGGUCAAUACCUCCGCAUGAUUCCACGAAAUUGAGAGUCAACAUUGGAUUGGAAGCAUCAGUGUUUGGAAGAACCUCUCUCCCUAGUUGCGAUCAGAUGAUCUUGCUUCCUUCGUCCAAUCAAAUGAGGUUCCUUCUUGUACUUAACUUGAGUAGGCUUAAUUUUUUUGACAAAUUUCCUAUUAUUGAUUCACCAAUAAAGUUCUUUAGAUCAGGUGACAGACGUUUUUUGU